AUGUCUUUUGACAAUAAUCUCGAAGGAUACAACAUUGUCAAGUCGUUCUGGCACAACUUCUGGAACCCCAACAUCGGCAACUUCUCGACGGGUAUUCCCUGUAAAGAAUCGCGCGAUGGCAAGUUUUCGUGCUGGACUAUGGGUGUGGUUCUCCAUGCGGUGGCAGAAUCUUGUUCGGUCUACCGAGACAUGACUCGGCCGAUAACUGCCCCAACGGUUUCUGCAUGCACCUGCUAUCGGAACCCUAAGUAUGGUGCGUACGCCGUGCUGUACCACGGUGCCCAGAACUCUGGAGACGACGAUAUCAACUACGACGAUUGCGGUCACCUUGUGCGCGGGAUGAUUGCUCUUUAUGAAGCCACGGGAAACCAGGAGUAUUUGGACCUUUCCAAGGAACUGAUGCGGUUCUUGAUGACCGGCGUGGUGGAGCAUCAGAAGUUCCACGUCAAGGGUCUCAAGUGGCACAUCAGCAAGAAGUACAUGGCUUCGAUCUCAAAUUGCGUGGCAGCGUCCGGAGCAAUGAGGCUCAUCCCGCAUUCUCCACCAGAAGAGCAGAAACAGCUGUACGAGUUCGCCAAGCUGUGUGUGAACUUCAUCUGGGAGCUCAUGCUCGACAAGGGCGACAACAUCGUCAUGGACGGCUGUGCGUACGACUCGGAGGGCAUCGACAGAAGCAAGUACUCGUACAACACGGGAAACACUCUCACGGCUAUCUGUCUGCUAUACCAAUAUGAUAAGGACCCGCAAUGGCAGGAUAAGGCCAAGAAGCUCGCCGAGGCUGCUACCGAUAGAGGAAAGACGCUGUUUGACAGAGACUACGACGAUUGGGGCAAGCGGUACUGGCACGGACCUUCCUACUUCAUUCAGCUCAUGAUCGAGGGUCUGGUGGACUACUUGAUCACUUUUGGCCAGGUAGCUCCGGAAUCCACUCGCAAGUGCUGUGAGAACGAGAUCCUACGUCACGUGUCGUACUUCAGAAAGUACAUGUACGAUCCAUCGGACGGACUCUACUUCUGCUCUUUCGAUAUCUACAAGCUGGACCCGCGCACCUAUGACAGAUACCGCAAAGAGUUUGGCGGCCACAAGAAUUUCAGCCCGGGAGAAGACGACAGAGCAAAGACCAACGGAGACAUCAACUCCCGGCCAAUGUGCAAGAGUCUGAUCGCGUCGGCCGCAGCAGCCCACAUCUUCUUCCAGGUGGCCCGGAUCUUCCCUAAGAUGGAUCCCGUGCCUGUGUAG